AUGUUACUAGCAGUGAUUUUGGGUUUUUCAAUUUUGGCUACUUCAAUAGCACAUCCACAUAUUUCUCAUUCAGAAUAUCGUAAAUUGGUGUGUGUAACAAAGGAUCAAUCUCGAAAUCAUGGUAAUGAUUCUUCUAAAUGCCGCUUGGUAUUAAAAGAUAGUGAAUACGAGGAACCUGGUCAAGCAGCACCCGUACAAGCCGGUUGUUUCAUGGAAAAGAAUAAUACCAUAUCAUCUCGGGUUUACUGUGAUAUUUUUUGUCCAAAUGCUCACACUGUAUUCCAUUCCGCAUUCGAGUUAUUUCAUCCUUCUUGCUUCCAUUAUCAUAACUAUCAAUUAAUUCAACGAAACGAGAACUGGUUUUUGUGGCGAUCGGACCGUUGCUUGAAUUCUACAGCAACAUUUUAUUUUGGUUGUAAAUUCGACGAACCUUUCCGAAGAAAGUAUCCUAAUAACAAAGAAAUCUUCAGACUUCUGAAACUGCAAGAAAAACCACCUCCUUUGUAA